GACGCGCACGCUCGACGUGCUCGCUCCUGUGACCACUGACGUAUACGCUGCUUGUUUUCGCUUUACAUUGUUCUCAGGUGUUAGGCUCUUCGCGUCUGACAGUUUUAACGCACUGUAAAUGACAGUAGGGCUUCCGAAGCAGCGUCUUGGUUAGAGGGAGUACCGACGGGAAGUCCUGCGCCGUAGAAUGGACCUGUCACCGAGUAGCUCGUAGGCUUUCCGCGUGCUAACGUCGGCUAUCCGGCUAAUCCCAUCGUCGACACGGUUCCUGCUCCAUGCCGGACUCCCCUGUCGAGGCUCACCGCUAAGUCUUCAGCCAGCCGUCGGGCUCCGUCGGGAGAGGAUGAACUGGAUUUUCCCCUUUUCCAAAGGCUCUGGGCCGCUACCGCCUCUCACCAGCCUGCAACAGCAGCGACAGCGGCAGAUCGAGUCGCUGAGGGCUGCCCACUCCAGCAUCGCCGAGAUCCAGAAAGAUGUGGAGUACAGAAUACCCUUCACAGUCAACAACACCACCAUCAACGUUAACAUCUUGCUCCCACCCCAGUUUCCGCAGGAGAAGCCCGUCGUCAGUGUCUUCCCCCCGGUGUGUCAUCACCUAGUGGAUGCCACCAGUGGCACCAUGGUGACCAGUCCCCUCAUAACCAACUUCGGAAUGCACUCCGAUUUGGGGAAAACCAUACAGGGACUUCUGGAUGAGUUAUGGAAGAAUCCGCCCGUGGUGACGUCGGGUCCUAGCAGCUUUCCCUAUGGCAUGUACAAGCCCCCAGGGAUGCCAUACGCCACCCCCCAAGGCUUCCAUUACAUCCCGGCAUUCCCACUCCAGGACAGCUCGGCACGGCCCGUGGCCCCUGCACCCGUCCCCCACCUGGGGACAGAGCCCCAUGCGGCCGCCCGGGCCGCCGCACCUGCCUACGGCCUCAUCACGGGGCUGCCUGUGCCCGUGCCCACAGCUGACACGCAGGCAGGCUUAAACGGUCACCUGUACAAGAUGCCCGAAAUUCCUGAAAUGUUCCCAGAGCUGUCGGAAAUGAGUGCGGCCCGCCUGAAGGAGAUGAGCGAGCAGGAGGACCUUCUGCUCGAUUUCUUCAUGCGGCUGCCACAGCUCAAGCAGGUCAUCUCGGAUAAGGAAGAGUUGGUCACCGGCAUCGUGGACAUAGCCAAGAAGAACCUGCUGCUGGAGCCCCAGCUGGAAGGGAAGAGGCAGGAGAUGCUGCAGAAGUACGAGCAUCUCACGCAGAUGAAGUCAGCCUUUGAGGUCAAGAUGCAACGGCAACACGAGCUCAGCGAGAGCUGCAGCCUAAGCGCCCUGCAGGCCCGACUCAAGGUGGCGGCCCACCAGGCCGAGGAGGAAUCCGAGGAGACAGCUGAGCACUUCCUGGAACGCAAGACCGACAUCGAUGACUUCCUGGCGAGCUUCAUGGAGAAGAGGACGCUCUGUCACUGCAGGAGAGCCAAAGAGGAAAAGCUGCAGCAGUCCAUCAACUCGCCAGGCUCCCUCCACAGUGCCCACUAGCCCCCCAGUCCUGCUUUCUCUCUUACUGAGGUAUGGGUGUGGCCAAGCCAGACCCGCCCAGCCCGGCCGCCACGUAGAGGAGCCACGCCCCCCUGCUGACCGCAUAGUGGAGCCGCACUCACCGCUGGCCGUGUGGAGGAGCCACAUCUUUGGCCAGCUUUGGGAGACCUCGCUCUGACUGUGUUUAUGCUGUCCUGCCCGUGAGACAAACUGUACAAGUUCUGUUAAUAAUAGACUUUAUUAUGAUCAGACAGUGUAUUAUAUGUUAUUUCAUUUGUUAGCUAAUAAAUCAUGAAAAUCGUU